CAAACGCACACACACACACAUACAUACACACACAUGUCACCUCAGAGAGUGAGCACAAAGGGGCCUGAUGGUCAGUAGAUCAGUCGCAGGUCGCAGGUUUCUCUGAAGUGGCUGCUGAGGAAGGCUGAAGAGACGCUCAAAAUAAAUACAAAACACACAUUCUGGACGGAGAGCAGGUCAUGCGGACAGAGAAAGGAUGCUUUGGAACGGGAUAGUUUUUUUUCCCUGGUCUCAGUUGUGAGGUGUGAAACUGAGAGGAAGGCGAUAAGAAAACUUGUUGGAAAGACGGCCAUCUUUACCUGUCCAUAUGAAAAAGAGUACAGAGACUCCCCCAAAUAUGUUAAGAAGAGAGAGCAUGAUGCCAGUGUCACACUGGUUAGAUCUGAUGGAAGGAGGGCUUGGACAAGAGAUGGGCGAUACGUCUUGAACGACAUCAAAAACAGCGGCAGGUUUGAUGUGCGCAUUCUGCAUUUGACCCUCAAUUACACUGGAACAUAUUUCUGUGGAGUUGAGGCAAGGGGGGUCAGAGACAGACAAGAAACUCACCUUGAAGUCUAUAGCGAAACAGGUCACACAACUGCAACACCAACGCCAUCAAAAACAGCACCCUCUGCACUCUCGGUUCCUGAUCAGCUGGUGUUCAUAAGUGUAGGUGUGGCAGCAACUGGGUGCUGCAGGCCAUAGCCAUAGUCAUAGUCUGGAUGAGGAAAAGGAGGCAGACACCACCAGUGGCCCAAGGACCAUCUAGACAUGUGCCCUCAGUUAGACCAGAUGGGGGAAAUGCUGAAAAGGAUACUGUUGACUAUGAAGACCAUCCACAAGACCCCUACACCAUGCAGAUGAGUUCAUCUUGCCAUAGCCCCAACACCACCCACUCUGAUGCAAUAUACCAGAAUUUACAGCUCCACCCCACCCAAUCAUAUGCAAGUUACCAGAAUUCCAAUCUCAACACCACCCACCCUGAUAUUGUUUACAAGAAGCUGAAGCUCAACCUCGUCCAAUCAGAUGCAAUUUAUUAAGGCCUGAACUGCAGACACCUGAUAUUUUGAUGAACUAAGUAAAUAAAUCAAUAAAAAACAACAGCAAUAAUACAUUCAGAAUAUUGAACGUCAGGGAUUGGACCUCAUUUUUGCAGUCAGACAAACCUUUUUUUUUUGGUAUUUUACAUUGUUAUGUAAUCCCAUACAAUCAUGUUUUUUUAUUUUCAUAUAAAAAAUGUUAUUAACUGACAAUUUUGUUUCUGCUUUCAUGCCCUGAUAAAGGUCCCUAUAGUAAGUUUGUGUGCCAUAAACAGAUCCAUAGAAUGAUUGUAAUGAGCAAAAUGUAAAUGUUACCAAAGGAGAUAUGUGGCACACUAGAAAACACACACACACACACACACACACACAUACGCACACACACACAUCAGCAAAAGAGAGACAGAGACGGAGAUUAAAUGCGCGGAAAAGCAAGAGUGACCAUGGAGGAGAAGCCAAGCGAGUGAACGGCAGAAAGGUUCAGAAUGGGCCAUUGUGUUGGGAGUGGAGGAUUUCAGACACUGAGAACAGUAGCUGGCACAAUAGGAUUUCCAAAAUGAGGACCACCAACGUGCUUACCAGCAUCUACUUCAUGGGUCUUCACACCACUAAACCUGUGCCUGUCAUUCCAAACGUCACCACUGGGGGCAACACAGCCACUCGUCUCAAUACUCCAGUCUCAGGUCUUCACACCACUAAACCUGUGCCUGUCAUUCCAAACGUCACCACUGGGGGCAACACAGCCACUCGUCUCAAUACUCCAGUAAUUAAAGCAACUACUUUGCCACUGUCUGAGGUCACAGCAUCAACAUCAGAUACAGCAUCUAGGUCCAAUACCAUCACAAACAUUCAGUCUGAUUCCACAUCAGCUACAAUAGGUAACAUGGUGGUCAUUGUGACAGGUUUGGUUGUGGGGGUAUUGGCUCUUUCACUGGCGGCCCUCAUUUGUAAGGAAAGAAACAUGAGUAAAGACCCACUUAAUCUUUCAACCCCCAGAGCUACUACUGUACCCUUUAAAGAGGAAGCUGCCAAUGGUGAUGAUCUAGAAGACCCCAACACCACCGAGUUGAGUCCACUCUACCAGAACCUGAACCCCAACACCAUCCAACCUGAUGCAGAUUACCAGAGCAUGAACCCCAACACCACCCAACCUGAUGCAGUCUACCAGAGCCUGAACCCCAACACCACCCAACCUGAUGCAGUUUACCAGAACAUGAACCCCAAAACUAUCCAACUUGAUGCAGUUUACCAGAGCCUGAACCCCAACACCAUCCAACCUGAUGCAGAUUGCCAGAGCCUGAACUCCAACAUCACCCAACCUGAUUGAGUUCAAUUUAUUAUGUAUAGUGACAUUAAUAAGUUCUUAAAGGUUCAAUAAGUGACUCUCAAUCAUGUCAUGUCCAUUGAUAUAACUCGUCCAUUCAUGAGUUCCCCCAAAGACUGGCCUUUUCACUCUCACUUGCUGGUACAGUACAGUGUACAAAGGGGGAGCCACAAACAGGCACACACACACACAUGUACACAUGCAAUACGGAGCCUCCUUCUACUGGUUAAACGUGUUAUUAAUUUUAUUUAUUAUGUUCAAAUGCAAUGGCCAUUGUUAACUGGACAAAGGAUACUACUAAAUAAAAAUGCUUCAUCAUACCUA